GGUGCGUUUGACCUAAAUAUGCAUUCAAAAUACGACAAGAUAUCAGGGACUUACCUUUUUCAUAGACCCUCUCUCUUGAUACUAGACCCGGAGUUAGCAUGUGACGUCUUGAUCAAGAGAUUCUCAAGCAUUCCGAACACUGCAGAUCCAUUUAAAAGACACAACGAUCUUCAAUAUGGUCUCAUCAAACUCAAAGGCGAUCAUUGGCGAUUCAUGAGGAAUUUAAUUUCCCCUAUAUUUUCUGCAGGAAAAUUGCGAACGAUGUCUCCAAUACUUGAACAGUGCUGUUCUCGAUUAAUCAGAAACAUAGAGGAUAAAACGAAAAAUGGACAUUCUAUAGACAUUAAGAGAAUGUUUGGAGACUUUACCAUGGACGCAGUUGCCGCCAUAGGAUUUGGAAUAGAGUUAGAUUUGUAUACAACAGAAGAAAAUGAAUUCAUAAAGAAGGCAAAGGGAAUUUUCGGCGCUUUCUUAGGCUUUGGAGUACUUAUUAAUGCAUUUAUGCCGCCACUCUACAGUCUUCUUUGCAAGUUAGAAUUGGACAUAGAUAGACAAAACAAAUACUGUUUAUACUUUAAACAUUUGGUGGAACAAGCAAAGAAACUUAGGGAGGACAACAAGAAAAGAAAUGACCUUCUUCAGUGUUUAUUGGAUGCGCAUAAAGAAACAGAUCUCAGUGAAACUGAACAGCUUUUAGAGUAUAAAAUCAACAAGGAACAGUGGAAAAAGAAAGGACUUACAACUGAGGAAGUAAACGGAAACUCCAUCAUGUUUAUCUUAGCUGGAUAUGAAACCACUUCUACAGUUUUGACUUUUACUGUGUAUUGCUUAGCAACAAAUCCGGAAUAUCAAGACAAAUUGAUUUCUGAAAUAGACACUUCUAUUGGACAGGAUACACCUGAUUACGACAACAUUCAGAAGCUGGAGUAUCUAGACUGUGUUAUUAAGGAGGCAAUGCGAUUAUAUCCCCCAGCUCAAAGAGCAUUUCGAGAAACUCAUCAGGAAAUGGAAAUAUCAGGCUACAGAAUACCCCAAAACACGGAAGUGUCCGUCUCCAUAUUUGCUCUACAAAGAAGUCCAAAGUACUGGGAAGAACCCGAGAAAUAUAACCCUGACAGGUUUUUGGCAAACAACAAGUCGAACCUGACGCCAAAUGCAUUUCUGCCUUUUGGACUAGGGCCAAGAAAUUGUGUCGCCAUGCGACUAGCCUUGAUGGAAGCUAAGUGUGCCUUGGUGACUAUUUUUCAGAAAUACAUGUUUGUAACAUGUGACAAAACAGAGAUUCCAGUGCAACUUGAUGCAGGAGCGCUUCUUAGACCAAAGAACGAAAUCUUCUUGAAAAUGGAAAAAAGAAAAUCCAAGGUUUUUGAUCAUUGAAAAAAGUUUUGUUCAUUUAUUUUUCAAUACCUUAAUACAAUGAUACAUACGAUUGAUAUUUGUUUUACUAAGAAACGUAUUAAUCAAAGA